CGCAACAAAUUCACAGAAAUACCGCGGCAUUGUAGAGCCGUGCAUCUCGGCUGAUUGAUUUUGUGACUGGAGAAGUAGGGAGGGCACAAUGAGUCGAGGUACUGCAACGGGAGCCAAAGGGAAGAAGAAGGGAGCGACGUUCGUGAUUGACUGCUCGAAGCCGGUAGAGGAUAAGAUUAUGGACAUUGCCUCAUUGGAAAAGUUUCUUCAGGAGAGGAUUAAGGUCGGCGGCAAGGCUGGUGCCCUCGGUGACGCCAUUACCGUGACACGAGAGAAGAGUAAGAUAACAGUUACCUCCAGCAGCGACUUCUCUAAGAGGUAUCUUAAGUACUUGACUAAGAAGUAUUUGAAGAAACACAAUGUGCGUGAUUGGCUUCGGGUGAUUUCCUCCAACAAAGAUAGGAAUGUUUAUGAAUUGCGUUACUUCAACAUAGCUGAGAACGAAGGGGAAGAGGAAGAGUAGAGACCUAGCUCUGUAUCUUCUUAUAUUAUCCAUUUGAUUUACUUGUUUUAGGCUUCUUUAUAUACUUCAUUGGUCAGAUGACAGACUUGCUGUGGUUGUUUUGUGAUCUUUCGUAAUACAUUAUCUGCUGAUAACUUAAAAUUGUUCUAAUGUUUUAGGGGCAAUUGGAUAUGAUGCGGUUUCUUCUCCUUAUGCUCGCUUAUUUGGCUA